AUGCAUUCUUCUCCCAGGAAAAGGCUCUAUGUCGUGCUUGCCGUCCUCUUCCUGCUUGUCCUUUGGCUCCGUGCUCCGGUCGCGGUGGCCUGGUCCAUCUUCUCCUUGCCCAUCACGUGGAAUCUGAGGUCCUCGACGUUCCUCAUCUCGCGACGCCUCGAUAACUUCGACCUCACCUUCACCAACUACUCAGCUACAAGGGCGACCUCUCUCCCAGAACAUCCGGAUGUGGUUCCUCCCAUCUUACACCACAUCGCGCUCGGCCACAAGCCGGACGCUGAGCAGGCGGACUGGUCAAGCGCGAGAAACAACUGCCUCGCCUACCACCCAGGAUGGGAGGCCCAUCUAUGGACAGACGAGAAGGCGGCGGCUUUCAUCAACGAGAAGUUUCCCCUGUUGAAGGAGAUGUGGGAUGGAUAUAAGUAUCCUAUCCAAAGGGUCGACGCGUUGAGGUAUCUCGUUCUGUAUGAGUAUGGCGGAGUGGUUCUCGAUAUGGAUCUUGAUUGCCGACGCUCACUUGGUCCUCUUCGACGCUUCAAUUUCACCGCUCCGGCUGCCCAUCCAGUUGGGUUCUCCAACGGAUUCAUGAUGGCCAGUAAACGCCAUCCUUUCGUCGGGGAAUUAGUACGCAAUCUACCAGUCUAUAACUGGAGAUGGUUCGGCUUGCCGUACCCAACUGUCAUGUUCAGCACCGGAUGCCAUUAUGCUUCUACUAUCCACGCUCAACAGAAGAGCAGAUCCGAUCUUCGGAUUCUCUCUGGCACAAGACGAAACCCCAAUCUCCACGCGCUAAACGGCGAUGUUGAGACACCAUUAUUCCAUCACCUUGGCGCCUCAUCAUGGCAUUCAUUCGACGCAUUCUUGAUCGUGUCGAUAGGCAAAGCUGGAUCGCACCUACUAUGGGUCUUCGUAGGACUAGGCACGUUCGUGUUAGUGUGUAGUUGGUAUUCCAUGCUGCAAUUACGAGGCGUCCAUGGUGGUAUUUCGCCUUUCAGCAGGAGGAGGUACUCGGAGGAUGGGCUGAAGAGACCGGAGGAGUUGAUCAAGUGUGUAUAG